AUGACGGACCAGUAUUCGAAUUCCUCCUUGCGACCCGAUAUGCCUCAUAUCAGACUCAAUUCGGGUCGUCAAGACCCGUUCAUUGAGUCUGAUGAAGGUUACGCACCACUCACAGGCCGCACCUUGCCCCGGCCUUUGACACCAGCGGCUGAGCUACCUGCCCCAGCUAUCGGCGCACAGGGAAUAUCUCCGUACGGUAUCUCGCACGCACCGGAGUCAUCGGAAUUUCUCCUUCCACCUAGGUUACGACCAACGACGCGAGAUGACUCAGAGAGAUCUGGUUCGCCGGAUCGUUGGUCGGCGGCUGGGUCGAGUGUUAGCUCGAUGAGCCGGGAGAGUCGCUUUAUGUUGGAUCCCUUUGAAGACCAAUCAGUGGUUCAUUCAACUCGAUCUGCGAGCGAUGAGUACGAUGUCAAUACCCAGACUGUCUCAGAGAAGUUUAAUAUCACGCCUUCGGAUGGCUUGUUGCUUUUCCCUGAAGAUGUUGAAAAGGACGACUACCUGCAUAACCCGGACCCAUUGGAUAAAGACCGCGACUGCGACCUGUGGAACCGUCGUGGUAUUUUGAACAUGGGUGGUUUGGCGCUUUUGACAGUGGGGAUUUUGGUUCUGUUUAUUGGAUAUCCAGUUAUAACAUGGGUUGAAGGCGUUAUGAGACCUAAAGACGCAUGUCGUCCUGGGGACAUGCUAUGUCUUGAUGUUGGAGAAAGACCUCUUUUGAGUAAUCUGCGACAGGGUUUGAUUGACCCUGAUACCCCAAAAGAUGCUCUUACCAAGAUCAGUGCAGAAGGGAAAGAGUUGAAAUUAGUGUUUUCGGAUGAAUUUAAUAUGCCUGGAAGAACAUUCUACGAUGAGGAUGACCCUUUCUUCCAAGCAGUGGACUUGUGGUAUGGUGUGACCAUGGACAAGGAGUGGUACGAUCCCGAUGCUGUCACUACGAACGAGGGUGUCUUGGAAAUCCGAUUCGACGACUUCAAAAACCACGACCUUGCGUACAGAUCUGGAAUGCUUCAAAGUUGGAACAAACUUUGCUUCAAGGGUGGCCGUCUGGAGGCUAGUCUGUCUCUUCCUGGUGAUGGCCACAUCGAGGGUUUCUGGCCUGGUUUCUGGGCAAUGGGCAACCUUGCUCGUCCGGGUCAUGCCGCUACGACUGAUGGCCUGUGGCCCUACAGCUAUCAUGACGGUUGUGAUGCGGGCAUUACCCCGAACCAAAGCUCUCCAGACGGAAUUAACUUCUUACCUGGCAUGCGUCUCCCCGGAUGUGCCUGUCCUGGCUCUGAUCACCCAUCUCCAGGCCGCGCUCGAAGUGCUCCUGAGAUUGAUGUGAUUGAAGGCAGCACCCAGCCACUUUACGGUGCAGAGGGUGGGCCGUUUGUUGGUAGUGCAUCUCAGAGUUUGCAAACCGCGCCAUUUGAUCUCUGGUAUAUGCCAGACUAUGACUUCACUGCCGUCUAUGACUCCCGAAUCACACAAAUCAACGCAUACCGUGGAGGACCAUACCAACAAGCGAUGUCAGGCCUCUCGAACCUCAACCACCGCUGGUACAACGGCACAGAGUACCAAGUGUUUGCGUUUGAAUAUGAGCCCGGUGACAAGGGCAACGUCACCUGGUUCAUCGGGGCCGAAAAGUCAUGGACCAUUGACGCUCGCUCCAUUGGUCCCAACGGUAACAUUGGACAGCGUCCAAUUCCCCUCGAGCCUAUGUCUAUCGUCAUGAAUUUGGGUAUGGCGGACAACUUCGCCCCCCAGAACGCUACCAUCCGCGAGUACAUGCCCGCCUACCUCCGUAUCGACUAUGUUCGCAUCUACCAAGACCCCGAUAAUGAGAUGGUUACUUGCGAUCCCCCUGGAUAUGAGACGACACAGUACAUUAAGGAUCACCAGCGGGCUUACGAUAAUGCAAACCUGACUAGUUGGUCUGAAACCGGGUACCAUUGGCCUAAGAACAGCUAUAUGGAUACUUGUUGA